CCGUGUUUAUUUUGAACGACCCGGGGGUAAGUGAGUGACUCUCAUGGGGUGGAGCUACGUGUGUUUGACUAUUGAGUUGCAUCUCUUGAUUUUUAUUCGAGUCUCAUCUACUAGUAAUCACAGACCCAAUAGAGUACAACCUGUGCAGCUGGAAAGGCAUAAUCUUACUAAUUUCGUUUCCUCAACAUCGCGAUUGCGUUUAUUAGCACUUCCCCGGCGCAAGAACCAUUUCAAGCACUUCAAAUGGAGGCCGAAAGUUUCUAGCAGGAGAAGUGUACAAGCUUUUUUGUGGCGGACCGCAUUUCGAAGCGACGCCAUUUUCGAGCACACACAUUUUGCUGGGCCGCAAAUCACUUCCAUUGGCCUGGCUCUGUUGCACCAAAUUCGAGGCGCUCCCUAGAUGUAGCAGCAAUCUUCAAAUCAAAGCUCUCCCCCUCAUAUUGCGAACUGCAUUAGUAGAGGCGGUGCACCAUAAUUAGCACGUUACUCAUCUAUUUGAUUUUGGAGAUUUGCCGAAAGAGUCUCCCUGUGUGGCUUCCGUGCGACCAAGAUGAGUCAUCAACGCUUUUUACGUUUGCGAGAAAACGAAAAUGUUGCCCUUGCAAGGUGAUUGACUUCGUUUCCUGAUCUACUUUCUUGUUUCAAAAAACCGUCCAUAGGGAAGUGGUGAGAAGAGUAGAGACAGAGAAGAAUCAUCACAUAGGAAGGACAAGGACACCAGAAAAGAUGCAGUUCAACCCCACCAGCUUGAGUGGGUCCAUUUUGGACCGCUCAGCGGGGGCCCAGUCGCUGAUGAACACGAGCGGGACGGGCGCCGCGAACUUCCGCAUUCUCUCCAUCGGGGAGCCGAAGCCGGUGUUUAAAAAAGAGGAAGAGGAUGUCGUGCACACGGAUCACGAAACCAGGGAGGUACAACUAUGUGAUACAGGGUGGAGGUGCAGCUGUAAUCGUCUCAAAACAGAACCACAAUGACUUCUGUCGGAUGACAGAUCGAGUAGAGUUUGCAUUUUCUGCAUGGGACUUUUGAUGUAAAAAAAUGCGCAAUUUUAUAUGUAGUGAGGUCACCGAACGGUUCUAACCGGGGAGUUUUUUUGCCACCUACCGUGAAAAACGACCGGCAGUUUUCAAGCGGCCGGAAGCGUUUUUUGACAUAAAAGAUUUUCAAUUAUCAAGCCUCCGGGGCUUUGAAGUCAAACAAGCCCGGUCGAAAACUAUCGACUCGCACUGGAUAAAACGACGCAGGGAAGCCGGCAAAAGGGGCGCCGUUCCGAGGCGCCCGCCGCCUUGGUUUCUGGCGAUUUGGGGCGCCCAAAAAGGGGCGCGCAAAAAACGCGCGCAAAAUCAGAACAGCGAAACAGCAUGGCACGGCCGCGAUUUCGGAGCAUCUUGGGCGGCCGCGAAAGCGGCCGCCUUUUCGCCGGUUUUAGAGCCUGGGAAGCUUUGCAAAAAGCGCCGGCGUGAAAAAUAAAAACGCGAAAAAUAAAAAACGCCCCAGACGCGCAAAGCCAAUCCGCAUGCUAUGGGCCCGGUUUUUCUUCGCUUUUUGGGCGCCCCCCGUGGCACCCGGAUCGGCCCAAUAGCAUCGGGGCUGGCUUUCGGAAAGGAAUUUGGGAAAUGUGCCAAAAUUUGUGAUGUUUCCCAAGUGGCCGCCAUACCGUGCGGCAUAACGUUACUCACGGCGGUAUGGCGAGCCCAGAAAAAACAAAGGCGCGGCCAAGGCGGCGGUCGGCAAAAAAACGCCCACGACCUCACUACCCCCGCCCCGGCGGCUAUAUUUGGUAUACCUUCGCAGGUACAAGUCCUUGCCGACAACGUGGUGGAAGUCCCGAAGGAAACAAUCGUGGAGAAAAUCGUGGAAGUGCCGGUGAUUGAAACAGUGGAAAAAAUCGUGGAAGAGAUCAUCGAGGUAAGAAGCAUCAAGGAUCUUCGCUUGUUCCUUGCAAUAUAAACUCAUUUUGGUCAUGUAUCAUUUUUGCAGUUUGUUGUUCGACUCCUGCUAGACAAAUAUUAAUUCUCAUGCCUCUUGUGCAUAACAAGUUUUCGCUCAUGUAGCUGUGAUGCUGAUAGAUGUGCUGCAAUACAAAUUCUCCUCGCAGGUUCCGGUGAUCAAGUACGAAGAGGAAAUCAUCGAAAAACCGGUGGAACGCAUCGUCGAAGUCGAGCGCAUAUGCAUUGCAAAUAUCGAUCUGGAUUUGUCAUGCGAAUUUCGAAUGAAAGUAAUAGACCUGUGUUGCACGAAGCGGAAGAUUGGCGAAGUUCUUUUUUGUCGUGCCGGAAGGAGGUUUGCCAUGCGAUUGACGAAUCAAUCUUGCAAAAGCUGCCAUGUCAUGAUACAGUCUUACAGAAGACUGCUCUGUCGUGAUGCAAGACUCAGCCACACACAUGAAAUUCGCUCCGCGGGCUUUGCAGACCCAGACGUGUUUGGAUUUGAUAGCGCAUCGUCGAAGUCCCGCAGGUUAUGAAAGCAGAGAAAAGGUUUUCGGUCAUGAUUACCCUUGCAGUUGUUCUUGCACGACAACUUGUCGUGCAGCGAGCCGCAAAGUACAUAGAAUGAAACUGAAAACCUUUUCCACCUCAUACACCUCCACAGGCGCAUUGUUUCCCGUCCGGUCGAGAAGAUCGAGGAAGAGGUGAUUGAGGUUCCGAAGGUCGUUUUCGAGGAAGAAUUGAUCGAAGUGCCGCAGUAUGCGCUGCAAAAAUGUCUGGGUCGGGACGAAUGCAAGUUUGUCUUGCUGCUCUGCUGGUAUGACUCUUAAGUCAAAGUCUGUCAUGCACUUUACCCAAAGGCCGCAACUUUCUCUCAUGCAAAAACGCAGCUUGUCAUGCUGAAUAGACAACACCUAGCAACUCAGAAACUUGUCAUGCUGAGCCGGCACUUGUGGCAUCCUCACGAUUCGCCACUCAGCAUGACAUGUUUCCAGACCCAGGCAGAUUUGCAGUUGAUACGCAGACCAAGACAAUCGUGGUGCCGAAAUACGUGGAGGUGCCAAACAUCGUGAUAUGAAAUUGCACAACUCCCCCUCGUCCCGCUUGUUUGUAAAAAUAUGGGUAUGGGACGAACUACAGCAAUACAAACACCCGGAAAUAAUAACGUAGCGCCUGUGCAUGACAAGUUCAUGCGCCCAAUGCAGUGGUACUCCUGUUGGGGCCGCUUCCGGAGAAAUUUGUCAUGCAAACAAUACUGCAAGGCAGCGCUUGGAUCUCGAUUUGGGAGAUUGCGUGACCAAUGAAGGCGAUGAGGGGGAGUUUGUGCACUCUCAUACUGGAAGAAGAUCGUCGAAAAGAUCGUCGACGUGGAAGAGGAAGAGAUCAUCGAGGUCCCGUAUCAAAAGGAAAAAUCCCCCCUCCCCAUAUCGAAAAGGAAACUUGCGAUGCUGGACUUGCGUACACAAAUCAGAUUUAUGCUGCAGUAGAGGACUGCAGGCAUAUGCCAACCCGGGGCAGCGAGGUUUUGACAUAGGCGCCUAGCACUACAAAUGUCCACACUAGAGGCCCAACAGCAUCACAAACCGCCGGCACAAUGCGGCGCGGGAGGUUUUUCCUUGCGAUAUACCGAAAUACAUCUACGAAGAGGAAAUCGUCGAGCGGUCGGUCGCGGGGAAGAUUUAUCAAAUGCAAAUAUGUCUGGGUCUGGAAGAAUGCAAGACUUGUCAUGCACAUUUUGAAUGGCCAAUGAGGUUUGGAAUGCAGAACCUACCAUGACAGAUUCUGUGAGGUCUCCAUCAUGCCUAUCCAGCAUCAGAAACUGCGCCUCCACUGGCCGUAUACACGCGUAAGAAAUCGGAAACGGUUCAGCGGAUGCGGUCGGGUGGUACCUGUAGGACGUGGAACGGGUGUCCACCUAGGGGUAUUGGCAGAGGCUAAAUCUGUUCUAACGCCACGGUAUUGGCAGAGGCUAAAUCUGUUCUAACGCCACCCUGACAGGAGUCAAAGGUCAAAGCGAUACGAUAACUUGGUCGAAAGUGGGCAGCUUUUGGUCAUCAUGCAACACAGAUUUUUGCAUGAUUCUGAUUUACCAUGACAAGUUCCACUUUUCCAGACCCAGACAUUUUUGCAGUUGAUAAGAUUCAAUUCGAGACAAAAUACGUGGAAAAACCGAUCAUCCAGAAGCGCACAAAGCGCGUCCCGGUCGAGAAAAUCGUGGAGAAAGUGGUAUAGUAAGAUGUUCUCGUGGUCUAUCUUGUGAUGAAAAACGCUGUUUGCCCCUCGCUCCUGCAUGAUUAGAACACGAGAUAAUGACGUUUCUGUGCAAUGCUGUAAGCUACCCAAAUGUGAAUUUCAGGUUCAAAAAAUUCCAAUUUCAGAUCGAGAAGCCGGUGAUUACCAUCCAUGAGGAGAUCGUGCAGCGGGAGGUCGAAACCACGGAAAUCGUCCCGAAAUACGUGGAGAAAAUCCAGGAGCGCAUCCAGCAGCAGCCCAAGAUCGAGUACGUGGAGGAGAUUAUUGAGGUGCCGAAAAUCAAGUACGAGGAAGAAAUCAUCGAGCGGGAGGUACCGCAGGUGAACACUGUCCAGAAGUACGUCGAGGUGCCGCAGAUCCACGAGCGCAUCCAGCACGUGUACAAGGACGUGGUCGAGGAGGAGAUCGUGGAGAUCCCGAAAAUCCAGACCGUCGAGCGCUUGCUGCAGCGCGAGGUGGAGCAGGAAAUCGAAAUUCCAAAGUACGUCGAAGUGGAGAAGAAGCACGUGCACCACCACCGCCACGUGGGUAUCCUGUGCAAGAGAAAUGUAUCCUGAUGGUAGUCAUUGCAGUGAUGCAUAACUGAUGCGCUUUUCUGCAGCAGAUAUGCAUGACAAGUUCGGCGAAAUAAAAUUUGUGAUGCAAAAGCUCUUACUAUUGCGACUUACAACUUUUGCAAUGCAUAAUGGUGGAACAGAGACAAAAGACCGUGGAAGUGGUCAAGGAGAAGAUUAUCGAGAAGAUCAUUGAGAAAAAGAAACCGCUCAUCCAGGAGAAGAUUAUCCACGUGCCCAAAUACGUCGAGGUCGAGAAGACCGUGAAGGUAUAUGCGGGAGAGAUGGACGACCGAUAGGACAGUGUAAUGUUAAUGUACAAAAAUCAGUAACACACCUAGUACAUUGAUUAUCACCCACUCUCUCUGCUGUAUGUGUUUCUUACUCAAAAUAAUUUCUACUUAUUUCGCUUCUUAUCAUGCAUGACAAAAAUCCACCUCACAACCUUCCUCAGGUGGAGAAAUUAGUCGAGGUUCCGGUGGUGAAAGAGGUGGAGAAGAUCGUGGAGGUGCCCAAGGUGACGGUGGAGGAAGAAAUCGAGGAGUAUGAAGUGGUCCGCAAGGUGCAGAAAUUUGUCGAGGUCGAGAGGAUCGAAAAAGUGCAGAAAUACGUGCACGUAGAGGAGCAAAACACGGUGGAGCAGGUCAUCGAGGUGCCCGGGCCCAUCCAAAUCGUGGAAGAGGUGGUCGAGCGCAACGUUGCCAAGAAGGUCAAGAAGUACGUCGAGGUGCCCACCGUGCAAAAGAUUCUCAAGUACGUCGACGUGCCACGGGAUCGCGUCAUCGAGAACGUCAUCGAGGUAGUACUUUUGUCAAAAGGGGUUGUCAUGCAUAGCGUGCACCUGAAACUGAAUCUGAUGAGAUACAGUGAGCACUGAUUCUUCAUCAGGUCAGAAUGCAGUCUGUCAGCCCCAACGUCUAUCCGAAUGAAAGAUGAGAACACUUUUCAUGCAAAACAAAAACGUCACCACAGAUCCCCAAGAUCCAGUACGAGGACGAAAUUGUGGAGGUUCCGGUCGAGAAGGUGAUUGAAAUCAUCAAGGAAGUGCCACAGAAUAUCCACUGCAAAUAUGAUGUCUUGGUCUGCAGAGAUGCGCAGCGAAUUUGUGUUGCUGAGUCUUGUAAUAUGUCGAAACUCUUUGGUGUGGCAGUAUGGCAUGACAAGUUUUGCGGGGCUUUAGGAUUGCGGAUUCAGUCGUAAUGCGCAUGACACGCUGCCUUGUCCUAGCACGGACGACAAAAAAACUAAGCGGUCGUGGUCAUGCAAUACUUACAAGUCUCGCUGUGGUCGAAAUUUUGCAUCAGACUGAUAUUUGCGAUGCAUACAGAUCGAGAAGAGACAAAAGUUUGUUGACGUCCCCACGGAGCGGA